AUGUUAAUUCCACUUCUGCAGAGGCCAACAUACACCACAAUGAAAGGACACACGGGAAGAUUCUUAGAGAUCAUCUACUACACCAGCUUUUUCUUACUCCUCAUACAGUCCUCAUUUCAAAUAGCCUUUCACUAUGUCCCACCUGAUGAUCAUCUGUGGGAACAGAUCCUGAGUCAUUUUGGAAUAAUACGGCUCAGUAAUGUCGAUGCCUGGAACAUUAUCCGUCUCUUGGCCUCAGAUAUAGGAAUGUUUUUCUCCGCAAUCUUUAUCCGAAGAGCUUGCAAGAAACUUGUAAAGUCAGGAGCCCCUAAGAUCAAUCUUCGUGUGAGCAGCCAGGAGGAAGAAGAGGAGGAUGAAGAGACAGAAAGUGAAAUGGAGGAAAGCGAAGAAGAGACUGGGUUUUCUACUGAUGACGACACUCUGGACAAGGAAGUGAACGACACCCGAGCCAAACUCAUGGAAAAAAUUGCAGUGUUCAUCUCUGGAGUCAAGCUACUGUUUGAAGCUUUGUUCACCACGGCCGGAAAGGUGGUUGUCACUCUCCUCCUCUGCGUUUCAGGCAUUACAGUACCUUCUGUAACAUCUGCCGUGUACUUUUUCAUCUUUCUGUGGUUGUGUUCAUGGUGGGCUUGUAAUCGAAGUGUCAGCCUGUUGCUGUUCAGCAGCUUGUGUGUCCUGGUGGCUAUCUUCAGUGCUGGACAUUUAAGCGCCAUUUACCUAUAUCAGCUGCCAUAUUUCCAGGAGCUCAUUCCUCCAGAAGACCUGCUGGCAAGGCUGUUUGGGAUGACAGCCAUCAUUAGGACCAAUGGCACAGAAAUGUGGCAAAUGCAUAUUCACCAGAGCCUGACGUGGCCAGUUGUCCUCAAUCCCUUUAUGCUGCUUGUGUUGUACUAUACCCUGGUCAUGCUGCUGCAUCAAUGGGCUCCACUUCCCAUGGUAAUAUUUUUUUGUCUUCUACAGGAGGAGCAUGUGGAUAAGAAGGCAGAGCACUCCGACGGACAGGGCAUUUUGGAUGGGAUGCUGUGGGCCUCAAACACUGAAAUGAUACAACCCGAGUUCCUCCCACACAAUGGGUGGCAGGAGCUGCCCUUACUAAAAUGUGAACUACACCAGGGUCUCCAGGAUUUCUCUGUGCCCAUCUACCCUAAGGAUGAGAGAGUCUCUGAAGGGUCAGAGCCAGAGGAGCCACUGGAAGUCCCAGAUACAGAGAAGGAGCCUGGAGGAAUGGCUGUACUGGGUCAAUUUAUCAUGAAGCAAAGCUAUGUCAGCGCGUUAAUCGUCAUGAUGGUCUGGAGUAUAACACACAACAGCUGGCUAACCUUCGUGCUGCUGAUAUGGUCGUGUGUCAUCUGGAUGACGCGUGACCGCCGGCGAUACGCCAUGCUCAGUUCCCCAUUCCUGGCUUCAUAUGCCAACCUCUUAGUCGUCCAGAAUUUUUUCGUGGGGCUCAAUAUCUCUCAGGAGGAGCUCUUCCCAGGGAUCCCAACUUCCGUUCUCAUUGAUUUUGACCUGAAACCAUACCCCAUGCCUUGUGUGCACCUAGGGAUCAAGAUAUUUUAUGCAUUUACAUUCUGGAUCCUGCUGCGGCAGAACCUUAAGGAGAGGCAGGAGCAACUGGAGGAAGACCAGAUGACCUUAAAAGAGGUUACGGUGGAAGACAGCGAAACAGAGCAGCCUUCCAACGCCUUUGUAGAAAUGCUGGGUUCUCUGGUCCGCGGCACGCUUGUUAAGUACUGGAUUUACUUCUGCGGAGUCAUGUUUUUUGUCAUCAGUUUCAGUGGCAAAGUCGUUGUCUACAAAAUUCUGUACAUUGUCCUCUUUCUGUUCUGCGUCACCCUAUACAAAAUUCAUUAUGAAUGGUGGAGAAAGAUCCUCAAAUAUUUCUGGAUCACGGUCGUCUCGUAUUCAAUGGUGGUUCUCAUCACUGUCUAUGUUUACCAGUUCAAAACCAUCUCCGGAUUUUUCCUCCAGAUCCUUGGGAUGUCAGAGGAUGGUCUGAAGGACCUGGGAUUAGAGCAAUUCAGCACCGUGGAGCUGUUUGCUGGAAUUCUGCUACCUUCCUCCUUUCUCUUGGCCUGCAUCCUGCAGCUCUAUUAUUUUAACGAUGACUUCCUAAAGCUCACAGACCUUAAUAAUAUCCCUGUUAACCAGGGAGGCAUCGCUGACAGUAAGAAGAAGAUGGAGAAAAGGGUCCUUAUUCUGGCCAGCAUAUUGAAGCAAAACAUUGGGAAUUUACAUAAGAAGUUGGAAGAUGAGAAGCAGAAUGCUGCAAGUCAGAGCACUUUGGACAAGAUCGAGAACAUCACUACAGAUGCAGAUGGGAAUGAAAAUCCCGCUGACAGGGAGAACCCAUGGAUUCUGGUUAUUGACAAAUUGAUUUCCAUUCUCCUGAGCUUCCUGAACCUCGUCCAUGACACGCAGGUGUUGAUCUGGAGGCUGCUGGAGCUGCACAUCAUCAAGAUUGUCUCCACCAUCAUCAUCUGGAUCACGCUUCAGGAGGUGUCAUUGAUGAAUUCCCUCUUCUACAUACCCUGGGUCUUUGCUCUGCCGUACUCCCACUUACGACCGUAUGCUUCCAGCAUCUGCACUGUCUGGUCCUGCUUUAUGGUCAUCUGCAAAAUGAUGUAUCAGCUGAAAUUCAUCAAACCUCUGGAGUAUUCUUCCAACUGCACAGAGGGCCUGUACCGCAAUGGGAGCCUGUACAAUACGGUGUCCGAUGAACUUCUGCAGAAAUCCAUACUAUAUACAGCUCCUGUGGACCCUGCAUUGUGGUGCGGGGGUCUCCGGAAAUGUGCAGAUAGCGUCUUACCCUGUCUCCAGAAUCAUCUCACCAUUCUGGCAUUAAUGGCUAUUGAGGCCACGGUCUAUCGUCACCAGCUGUAUUACCGCACCCAUAACCAGCUUAUCACCCCCAUUACGGGGAGCAUCUUUGAUAAUAUAACCCGGAAUCAUCUCGAUGAAGGGCUUUUGCAGUGCAUCAAGUAUUUUGUCAAUUAUUUCUUCUAUAAGUUUGGGCUGGAGGUCUGUUUUGUCAUAGCUGUGAAUGUCAUUGGACAGCGCAUGGAUUUCUAUGCGGUGCUACACGCAUUUUGGCUACUCUACCUGCUUUACCUUCGUCGUAGAAAAACCAUUGCUGAAGUCUGGCCAAAGUACUGCUGCUUUGUGGCCAGUAUCAUGACUCUCCAGUACUUGCUGUGCAUUGGAAUCCCUCCUGCAUUCUGCACAGAUUACCCGUGGAGAACUCUCUCUCUAGCACCCGGCUCCAACCUCAUAAAGUGGCUGUAUCUCCCUGACUUCUCCAGGAAACCGGACGCUGGAUUUCUGCUCUAUGACUUCUUGCUUUUGCUCUGCGCGUCUUUGCAGUGGAAGGUGUUUGAGGAUGAGAACCGGGCCUGUGUCAGGAUGUUGGCAGGGGAUAACAUUGAGAUCAGCAGGGACCUGGAUCCAGCAGACCUGAGUCAAUAUAGUCCGGUACCCAACUUCUUGCACUGCCGGUCGUACCUGGACAUGGCAAAAGUGGUCGUCUUUAGCUACCAUUUUUGGUUUGUGCUAUGCCUCAUUUUUAUAACGGGGACUACCCGCAUUAACAUCCUCUGCAUGGGAUACCUGAUGGCUUGUUUCCACUUCAUGCUGUUCGGUGGAAGCCUCCUCCUGAAGCCUGUCCGACAUUUGCUUAAGCUCUGGAACUAUCUCAUCACCUACACUGCCUUUGUGAUAACCAUGAAAAACCUCUUGUCUAUCGGGGCAUGUGCGUAUCUGGAUAAGCUAAUGAAGAAUAACUGCUGGCUGAUACAGACCUUCAGCAUGUUCUGCACCAUCAAGGGAUAUGACCUGACUAUGCCUUCCGAAGAGGAGUGUGAACUGCCAGAAAACGAGGCAGGAAUAGUUUGGGAUGCUAUCUGUUUCACCUUCCUCCUCAUCCAGCGCAGAGUGUUCACCAGUUAUUAUUUCCUUUAUGUAGUGGCCGACUUGAAAGCAUCGAAGCUCCUCGCCUCUAGAGGAGCAGAGCUGUUUGAGGAGAAAAUUAAGAAGGUAGUAGCCGUGCGUCUGGAACAAGAGAAGAAAUGCGCACAAGCCAUGAAGAAGCAGAUGGAACAAAUCAAACUAAAACAGAAGCCCCCGAAAGAUGUGAAAAGAAGUGACGAGACUACAGAAGGGGACUCAUCUGAGCCAUCCCCAAAAGACAAAGAUGAUAACGAUAAAAAAGACGCAAAGAAGAAGUGGUGGCAGCCGUGGGUUACACACACAUCAGUGGUCCGUAGUGGGAACUACAGCUUGUUUGACACAGACAGUGAGGAUGAGGAAGAGGAAGCACGAGAAGAGAAGCGGGAGGAAGAACCGCCGAAAAAGAAAACUGCAUUCCAGUUGGCAUAUGAAGCCUGGACCACAAGCUCCAAAUCUGCUCUGAAACUACGGAAGAACGAUGAGAAUACCAUCCGUGAGCAGAUCCGCAAGGAGAUGGAAAAGCAGCAGCCAGAAGCCGAACAGGAAGACUCCAUUCACGAGGAAACACUCUCAGAAAGCGAGGAGGAGACCGCGGAUGGCCCUGACAACAUCAUUCAGAGAAUCAUCAACAUUGUUAAAUUUGCCUGGGUCUUCAUCCAAGCUCUUACUGAUGAUACCAUAGAAUCACUCAACUCUUUCUGCAAGGACAGCUUGGAUAUUGCAACUGUCCUUAGGAUGGAACGGUGCAUGCUCCAAAGGAACUUGGAUAAGGGAAAAGAAGCCUCACAGGACAGCAUAGCCGAGUAUUAUAAAGCCAAACAGUUGUCUCGGACUCACACAUUGUCCAGUGAGGAGAACGAGGAGCCCAUGGAGCCGCUCAGAGAGGAGAUCAUUCAGUCUAGGAGGUUGGAUAUCUGUAAAAUACUCAGCAUAGAGUCCCAGGAUAGCUACCUGUCCAGCUGUCCUACAGAAGAUAUGGUCCUAUCCUUCGAAGAAGUUCUUGAACCUACAGAGACACCAAGAAAUCGGAGACCCCAACGAAUGCAGGCUUUCGACUCCACCUCUGUGGACAGUCUUGAUUCAAGAUACAUUCCCAGGUAAGAGAAAAAACAGGAUGGAGUGCAAGAAGAAGACGCAGAAGCGACAGAACACACGCAGACACACAUCCCACCUUCCUACAGCACAGUGAUUGCCAUGGGAGAGGUACAGAGCUCCGAGGCUGAGGGGACCUUCCAGCAAGCAGACAUGGGCAACAGGCAACUAUCAGAGGUCCCGGGACUGCUGACGGCUAGUGAGCUUCUACUCAACAAGAUGUAUUAUGACGAGGAGUUAGAGGAAUCAGAAAGAUUUUACCAGGCCCUCCCACGUCCUAUCCGCUUGUGCUUCGCUUUGUAUAACACAAUUGUGUCAAAGUCUGAAAUGCUCUGUUACUUUGUCAUCAUCCUUAAUCACAUGAUCUCGGCCUCCAUCCUUUCGUUGAUUUUACCAAUCCUGAUCUUCCUCUGGGCCAUGCUGUCUGUGCCGCGACCCACCAAACGCUUCUGGAUGACUGCCAUCAUUUAUACUGAGAUCACUGUUGUCAUCAAGUAUUCCUUCCAAUUUGGCUUCUUCCCCUGGACGUCCACUGUGUACAGGAGUAUGAACGCAGACAAACCCUUCCAACUCCCGAAUAUUAUCGGCAUUGAGAAGAAAGAUGGCUAUGUGCACUUUGACCUAGUCCAGCUUCUCGCCUUGUUCUUGCACAGGUCUAUCUUGAAAUGCCACGGUCUCUGGGACAACAAAGAUGUCAAUCUGCCCGAAUCCAAGAAGAAGAAAAAGACCAGAAAACAGAGAAAGCGAGGAAGCGGAGGCGAGGAUGACACCGAAUCGGGGCUGGCUCCGUGGAAGCUGUUCACCCAUCCGAACCAUUCCAAAAACGUCUUCAGAAAAAGGAGGAAAUCUCAGAAACCCGAUACAGAAGGGAACACCCAAAAGAAAGAAACCAAACGGUGGAAUUGGUUCAGACGGAACCCCAAAAGGAAAAGAUUAACAUUCAAAGAGAGGCUCAAGCAGCAAUGGAACAAAGUCAAGAAGCUGGCGGUGAAAAUCGCUCUUCAGAUCUAUCUGCCAAUCAGGCAGUUCUUCUACGACAUCAUUCACCCCGAGUACAGUCCUGUCUGCGAUGUUUACGCCAUCAUGUUCCUGGUUGAUGUCAUCAAUUUCAUCAUUGUCAUCUUUGGCUAUUGGGCAUUUGGGAAACAUUCAGCUGCUGCCGAUAUCACCGAAUCACUGUCUGAGGACCAGGUUCCAGAGGCGUUCUUAGUGAUGCUCCUCCUUCAGUUUGCCACCAUGAUUGUAGACCGGGCCAUCUACUUGCGCAAGACCAUGUUCGGCAAGUGCGUCUUCCAAGUGGUCCUUGUUUUUGGGAUACAUUUUUGGAUGUUCUUUAUCCUCCCUGGAGUCACUGAGAGGAGGUUUAAUACCAACCAGGUGGCUCAGCUGUGGUACUUUGUGAAGUGCGUGUAUUUUGGGCUGUCUGCUUACCAGAUUAAAUGCGGAUAUCCCAACCGUGUCCUGGGCAACUUUUUGACCAAGAGUUACAAUUGCAUCAACCUAUUCCUGUUCCAGGGAUUCCGCAUGGUACCAUUCCUUACAGAGAUGAGGGCCGUGAUGGACUGGGUUUGGACAGACACCACUCUCAGCCUGUCCAGCUGGAUCUGCGUGGAGGACAUAUACGCCAACAUCUUUAUAAUGAAGUGCUGGCGUGAAUCUGAGAAGAAAUACCCAGAGCCUCCGGGGCAGAAGAAGAAGAUGAUCGUUAAGUACGGAAUGGGCGGAGUGAUUAUCUUUGCCUUAAUUUGCAUCAUAUGGUUUCCGCUGCUUUUCAUGUCGCUGGUGAAGUCUGUGGCCGGGGUGACAAAUCAGCCCUUGGACGUUUCCAUUCAGAUUAGCAUCAGUGGCUACGAGCCCCUGUUCACAAUGAGCGCGCAGCAGCAGAACCUGGUCCCAUACUCGCAGGCCGCGUACGAUGAACUGACGUACAGAUAUGCCCUGCACCCUUCAGCAAUGCAGUUUAUCGUUAACUAUAUGCCAGAGGACAUUGUUACAGCGAAGAUCAAAAGUAAUGCCAGCCUGCUGUGGACCAUUAGCCCGGCCAGUCGGGAGGCCAUGAUUGAGGAGCUGUCUGCGUCUACACAGAUAUACAUCAACAUUUACUGGAGUAUCCUCAGGAACGCAUCUAUUGUUAAGAGUGCGGAGACCUCCGGGAAGCACACGGCGUGCUACGAAGACGCGGAAACCAGGGACCAGAUCGUUCAGAUGCUCAGAGGGGACAGAAAGACGCCAGUAAUGCUGCCGAAUAUUUUGCCGAAAUAUCUGAGAGCUAGCGCUGGCCCCGAAUCCAAAACGGCACACCGGCUGCAAACAGCGUUCUCCGAUAAACCGGAGGAUAUUCAGAAGUUCGCCUUCUUCCGCAAUCUGACCGUGAAAUUACAACAGCUGUCCCAGAAUUCCUCGUCGGACCAAGCGACCGAAUGGUGGUUGGUUCAGGAGUGGAAUCCGGGCUGCGCACCCGCGGGCUGCAGCCAGAACAUUGAACUGGUUAUUUAUAACGAUAAAGCCAGUCCGCAGAGCCUGGGCUUCCUGGCCGGAUACGGCAUCGUGGGUCUCUACAUGUCCGUAGUUCUCGUUAUCGGAAAAUUCAUCAGAGAAUUCUUUAACGGGAUCGCCCGCUCCAUCAUGUUCGAGGAAUUACCCAACGUAGAUCGCAUCUUAAAACUCUGCACCGACAUCUUCUUGGUCAGAGAGACCGGAGACUUGGACCUGGAGGAACAGCUGUUUGCGAAACUAAUCUUCCUUUACCGCUCUCCCGAAACCAUGAUCAAAUGGACCCGAGAGAAGCAGGAGAACUGACGCCGCGAGAUACGGCUUCCAACGAUCGCUGUCCCUUCAUGCGAGAGACUGCUUCAUACCCCUAUCGUUAUAAAAAGGGCGGCAGACUAUGAACAGAGCAAACGGUACAAUAAUAAAGACUGAUUUAAGAGCUUAGAUCCUGGAGAACAAAGGAAACCGCAAGUAAAAACAUCUUUUUGUAUUAAACCCUGAUAAUAAACUGUACAGAUGGUAAAAGAGA